AUGUCGCAUACGGGUAUUUUGCACAGCUAUGCGCCUCAGAAGGCAGCUUUUGAGUUCACUCCUAGGUUGCUCAAAAAGACUAUCAUUUUAAUCGGGGGUCUAGAAGACGGACUUUUGACUCUCGACUACUUCACCAAGGUUGCAGAACAAGUAAGCCCCCUUGGGUGGUCUGUGGUGCAAAUUCAAAUGUCCAGCAGUUUUAAGGGCUGGGGUCUUUCAUCGCUGGAUAACGACAUCCGCGAAAUCAAGCAGUUGGUGGAGUAUUUGCGGUCGCCUGCAGGUGGCUCCCGUGAAUCAAUUGUCCUGUUUGGACACUCAACGGGAUCGCAGGAUACCAUGCAUUACUUGCUGAACUACGGCGAGACCGUGGAAGGGGGCAUUAUGCAGGGCUCCGCUUCUGACCGCGAAGGCUUUUCACAGUCGGUAGAUCCAGGGGAAUGGGAAAGACUGAACGCAAGAGCGAAGGCCCUAGUGGACAGAGGACAAGGAGCUGAGAUUUUACCAUAUGAAUACGCCAAGAUUAUGAUGGGCACUCCUAUAACCGCAUACAGAUGGUGCUCACUGGCUCUCCCGGGCGGCGACGAUGACUACUUUUCAUCGGACCUUGAGCCUGAAAGCUUAAAAUCCACUUUUGGGAAGAUCCAGAAGCCGUUCAUGAUUGCCUACUCCGAAUUCGACCAAUUUGUACCCAAGUUUGUCGAUAAACCAAAACUUUUAUCCAAGUGGGCUUCAUGUAGUGACCCGACCUUCUAUUCCAAGCACUCUGGCCUCAUCAAAGGGGCAGAUCAUCGCGUUGAACAACCCGCUGCAAGGGAGUGUCUCUUUGGAAUGGUCAGAAACUUUUUACAAGACCUUUAA